CUUGAGUCUCGAUGCCGUUUUAAUGUCUUCAUUGUCCAAUUGGAGAAGAAAGAAUUAGUAACCAUUUAUGGGGACUGCGCACAUGCGUGCUUUGAACGUGAUGAAAGUGAGGAUGAAGAUGAUAUUGACUCAGACCCAGGCAACAUAAUUGAAAUUGAUGACCUAGAUUGGACUCUACGAAUAGCGCUGUUUGACGGAACCCCCCUUAGAAAGCCAUAUAACUUGGGUGUGGAUCCCCACGCUAUGAUAGAAGGCAACGUCUUCGAGGGCUAUGAUCCCGACGAAGACGAACGCGUUUAUAGAAGUUAUGGGGGUGAUGAAUACGAGGAUGUCCGUCCUAACAAUUCUCAGGCUCAUACGUAAUUUCGCUAACUCACCCAGAUGUAUCAAUUUGCACGAUAUUAUAAAUCAUCAGCCUUGCUAAUGGUCCCUCAAGCUACGACCGUCACCUAUUUUACACAGAACUCAAAAGCCCGUGACGACUAUACAGCAGCCGACUUGCUUGAAUACUUUUCAUCAAAAUGUGCUAGGUCCGGAGGCGACGACGGGUUUUUAAACACACUGACUAGUCUAUGCAAGUUAUUCUUCCCCCCGAAGGGCGUGAAGUCGAAUAGCAGGAUGGAUAUUCCCGAGCCUAGUAUCGUCAAAAUUCUCGACGCUGCGAUAAUAUGUCAAAGCCAAUAUCUGUUCGAUCUAAUCUGUAACAAUAACGAAGCCAACCUUUCACCUAAGUUCUUCUUGUGGGUAUUGGCUAGGUUAAGAGGGUCUUCGAUGCUACCCUUUACUACAUUGAUCUCCGCUCUCGAUCGGUCUAUUUUCGCUCUAAAAACCCUUGACGAGCAAUACAGCUUCAUCAUGGGGUUGAAUGAUCUUAGUGGCAGACUACCAAACGAAUUAGAAGCGCACGUUCUCGGUCUUUUCGACAAAAUGGUCAGUCUCUGUUACACGUCUUCACUAUGCGAGAAAGAUGGACAAGUUCUUGUCUGGAUUGCUUGUCGUCGGGAUUACGACUGGCUGUUGAAAACUCUUGGCCCUCUCAUGUAUAAAAACUGCGAGAACGCUGCAUUUACUUUGGGAUUCUGUUGGGAGUUUUAUGUUAAAGCUACUCGAAAUGAACUGAGAGUUCCUGAUUCAUUCGCCUGGCUCAAAACUAUCGUCAAAUCCCUGGUUGUGCGACUUGAUGUAAACCAUCUUGUGAGCGUGGGUGGUUUUCGCUGUUGGCAACAGAACCAAGCUGCUCACGGGGGAAAAGAUGGGAACAUAAUUCCACCGCCACCGCCGCCGCCAGUAACUAGCCAGACACUCAUCAAUUUGUGUAUAUUGUUAUUGGACCUGAACAUGGAAGAAGAUCUUCGUGAUCUGGCGAGGAAGCUCACCAACCAAAGUGGAAGAAUCGUUCCAUUUGAGCUCCUCAACCUCUAUAUUCCCUUCGCCGGCGGUCUUAUGGACGUCCUAGAAAACCGAUCAGUAUCUCCCUUAGAUCCUGUACUAUCAUCACUAGUUAGAACAAUUGUUGUGGUAUUUUGGAACCAAUACGCUCUCCCAGGACAGCCGAUUUGGAGAGGACCACGCUGCAAGGUAUACUUAGAUCCCUGUGGCUGUCGGGUUUGUACGUUGAUGAAAGAUAACCUUCACAACCCCAAGCUGGACAAUUGGGUAAUCAAGGAAAGCGAAAAGAUGGCCCAGAGACAUAUUGGGAUGGUGAUUGCAAACUGCUGUUCACGGUCUCACAUUUCCUUUACUAGCCAAACCAAUGGAAAAGGGGUUAUGACCUGGUACAUCAGAAAGGUUCCUACGGAAUACGACAAGGCCAAAUCCGAGUGGGAUAACCGGAUGGCUAGUUUCAGGGCGCAACUAGCCAAAUUCAAUCAGAGGAAGCUGUUACAAGUGUUGGGAAAUGAAGCCGAUUAUUUCUGUAUUACUGGGAAUGAUCCAUCCUGUUUUAAAACUCCGCAGAUAAACGCCACGAUGGUUGCGCCCUCGACGACUGCGCAGGCGCCUCCAUUGGCUCGUACACCAGGACAUUCAGAAGCCAUGUCUCAAGCUGCAUUGCUACCACCCGGCAAUCUUCGUGGGGGCACAUCAUCACAUCAAGAUCUACAGCCUCUUGUUCACGAUGGUCUCCCUUCUAUGACAGAGACUUCACAAAUACCGAUUUUCGAAGACCAACCAUCAUGCUCUCUAGCAAAUCACGGACUACCACAGCAACCCCCGGUUAUCAAUGCAUGGCGUUCGGGUAUGCCACCUCCCGCGGCCCAUCCGGGUGUGCCGGCCCAAAUACCCACACUGGGCUCGGUUCAUGAGCAGGGCAGAAUGGUUCAGAUGAACCAACAGGGCCAAAUACCGCACUCCCAAUUUCCGCCGGGGCGACCGCCUCUUGCGUCAUUCCAUCAGAACUUGGCUUGGAGCUCGGGACCGAAGCUCGGUCAGAAUGGGGAGGCGUCUGCGGGCGCUGGGCUGAAACGCGAGCGAGAUGAUGAUGAUCUUUUAUUUCUUGGCGAACGACCGGUGAAGAAAUGAUAUUAGAACUAGGUGGUACAUAGAAUGGUAUUGGAUGAUUUUGUAUCUUUGGCGUUGCUAUUCGAAUACUAGGUAAUUUUUUAGUUUUGUCGACCCGGAGUACGUUUGGAAAAUGAGCUACUAAUUAGACUCGUGGGAUAGACAUUAUAAUCGCUGGAAUAUAGGUCAUAUAGAAUGUCUUUCGGUACGAAUACUA